UACUUAGUUCGUUCAUUUCCAAUUAAUCUUCCUGUUCGAACACCACCUUAUUCGCCCUCAGUAUCUCCAAGACAAUCAUCAAACUCUAAUUGCAUUAUUCCUAACUUUGAGCAGAAACAUAUUACAAAAUCAAAUGAUGAAUUGGGUCCAAAAAAAGGGUUACAUAUAUUGCAUUCUUCUGACGGAAACAUCAAUCAUAAUCGUGGCCCAUCUGCAUCAAAUUCAGUGCAUGAUAUUUCAAUACUAAGGCAAGGUCAUGUUAAUAAUCUACUUUCAAAAUUUGAUGCUGUAAGAACUUCUAAACAAGAAAAUAUCGUCAAUAAUUCUACACAUGUUAAUGAGCCCACUAAAGAAACAUACUCUACGGAUCAACUUGAACAUUCAAAUCAAA